AUGCAAACUACUUUCUCUGAUGUAAAAUUAGAAUCUCCCGUGAACGGUUCAAUUUUAAAUUCAGAUAUGAAUAAAAGAUUUUAUAUAGGAAAGGAGCAAGAGAAUAAUAAUUUUAUUAGCACCAUGUCUAUUGACAACCCAAUAAAGAAAGUGUAUCCAGGAGAUUUUAAUCCAGAACUAUGUGUUGUUCCAAAAGUACGCAAUGCAACAGUCCACCCAUCUGGAUCUUCUUUCUUCGGCUUAGGAAACGAUCGCAUUAUUGCCAGAUAUAAAUAUUUAAAUCCUCAAGUUGAUGUAAACGUUUUGAGAAAUUGUCUAGAAUAUAACCCAAAAUUUUAUAAAUGGGCAGCUUCUGAUUUAUUUAAUGUAAUUGAUUCAAAUGGUAAACGACAAAUGAUAAUUGUUGAAUCUGGAUCAAGUCCAGCAGGACAAUGUGGAAUGCUUUCGUUUAAUAUAAAUAAUAAAAGAGAGAAUGGAUAUAAACGCGUGAUACAAACAGCAUUUAAACAGGCCCUAAAAGAUGCCGAUCCCUCUCUUGGAGAGCUUGCUGUAGUGUACGAUAAAGCUUGCAAUGAAAUAGAAGUAACUGGAUAUGCGGCUGCAAUCUCCGAAGAGACUAAAGAACAUGUUUGGAUUGUAUUGCUUCAAGAUGAUGCUAGAUAUGAACAACCUAUUAAAUGGGAGAAUCAAAUUAUGUAUAUUAGAGAUCAAGAUGGAGCUUGGCAUUCUAUAAGAGCAUGCUUUAAGCAUAUGGCUUAUAAACCUUGGAUUCUUUUUCCUCUAAAAUCUAAGACUAUGGUUUUUAAUAAUAUAAUCUCAUGCUUAGCUGGAGGUCAUAACAAAGUUAUGGCAUCAAAAUCAUUUGAAUUAUUUAAUAAUGAAUUAUCUGGAAGUGGCCUUGGCAUUCGUUUUCCAGAGACCAUAUGUAAUGUAAACAAGAGUGAAAUUUCUUCAUGUGUUGAAAAGAUGGGAGGCCGCGCAGUGAUCAAAGCUCCCUAUGGCAGCUGUGGACAAGAUAUUUACAUAAUUACUAAUUCGGAAGAAUUGAAUAAAUUCUAUGAUGAUAAACAUCAUUACGAAAAGUUUAUUGUACAAUCUCUUGUUGAAAAUGCAUUAUGGUCUACAAAAUUACAUCCUGGAAAAUUCUACCAUGUUGGUACUGUGCCAGAUCGUCAUAACCAAAUUUUUGUUAAUGAUUUGAGAAUGAUGGUAUCUGCUGAUGAGACUGGAUUUCACCCUGUGGUUGUUUUUUCACGACGUGCUCGUAAGCCACUACCUACUUAUCUACCAAAUAAUUCUAAUUGGAACCCAUGGGAGAUCUUUGGAACAAAUGUAUCUGUUAAAUUAGAUUCUGGAUGGAUACCAGAAUAUGAAAGAGUGAUUACACUAGACCAGAAAGAGUUAAAUAUUAUUGGAUUAGGUAUUGAUGAAUUAAUUGAUGCAUACGUGCAAACUGUGUUAAGUAUUGUUGCUAUAGAUAAAAUGUGUCAAAAACUUUUGGUUAAUAAUGAAUUCAAUUUCGAAUUAUAUCACACAUUGAAUCCUGAUGAUGUCUUGUUAGGAGAGUUGUUAUU